AUGGCGAAGAAAGGAAAACAAGCAAAGCAACACGCCGCCUCUGCUGCCGAUUCCUCCCUGUCCAAGUCGAAGAUGGGGAAUACCGCAACGUCGCCCACCGCAACCGCGGAUUCCAAGUCCACGCCUGAUGAAUCUCCGGCCACACAACAGAAAUGCAGCAGCUUUCCCACGACCCCGAUCUCGACCACCAAAGGUUCAAGUGCUUCGCAUUCGUCGCCACCAUCGACGCAAGACAUUCCCAAAGAGGCCCACGCUGACACUUUGUCGCCUCAUGACAACGAUGACGUCGGCCACAACAAGGUGCAGACUCUGGCCCCUAAGAUUGAACGCCGGUUGUCGGAUGCCAAGGAUUUACAUGAGCAGGCGAUUCUCCAUUCCCUCACCAUUGCUCCGACAAUCCAAUCUACAGCCAAGCAGCUACAACGUCCGAUGAGUGCAGACCAUGUGUCUACCUUGUUGACGAAGCGCCCUUCCUUGGUCGAGUUGACCGAUCAGGGUAUUGUGUCUGACAAGGUCGCACCAGCUCUGCAGGCCACGAGCGACGCCCUUGGGCUCAACAUCACGGCGGAUCGCCUCACGCAUCGCAUUGCUCGUCGUCCGUCGCUUCAAGGAUUGGCGGAUCAUGGCGUUGUCGACGAGGGUACGUAG